AUGAUUAGAACAUUUAGAACAUAACUUACAAUAGAAUGGAUUGAAAAUCGAAUGCAUUGUUGUAUUGAUUGACUCAUUGAAUGUCACAAAACAAUUGUCUCAACAAUUGUCACAACAAUUGAUCCAAUUUUUGUGAUAUCAUUAGUGAUGACAAGUAAUACAAUAAUACUAUCACUUGAAUCAAUCAAAUGAUGAUCUCUUGCAAGCGUUUGUUUGAGUCGAAAGUCAGACCAAUUGAUGUGAAACGAAACCGAUUGAGUGAUCCGAAAGACUUGUGGUCUGUUAUGCCGUGGAGUACGACCUGUUGUGACCACACAGUGACGCCAUUCACCGAAACCAUUCAUUUCGAGUCAUUCUCAUUCAGAUAUGACAAACACUUUUUGGAUCAACUCAAACAACUAACCAAUGAGUUAAAGGUCUUUACUAGCGAUCAAACAAAAGCCAAGUCACGGGUCUUCGGCAAAGAUAUUACACACAAAACAACAGCCAUUGAGAAGGAGGCUCUCAUCGAAAAGAUUAACAAAUAUAUCAAAACAAUCGAUCACUUCUUAAAGGGUGGACACAGAAAAACAAAGAAAAAAAUGAAUCAAAUGGUCACUCAAUCACAGAUAGUCUGUAAUGAAAACAAUGAGCCAAUCAUUAGUGUUGUCAAUGAUGUCGACAAUCAACCAAAUGAGUUGAUCAUUGGUUCAGAAAUAGAAAUAUUUAGUGAAAAUGUAUCACAAUUUAUGCGACAAUUUAUUGAAUCAAUCGGUGAAUCCGACUAUCGUUUCACUCAAUCAAAUGAUAAAUAUGUGAUUAAAGAUUCAAACGACAGACCAAUUAAUAACUCAAAUGAAAUCAGAAGUAAAUCAGAAGUAAUGCGAAAUAUGAAUGAAUGCAAAGACAGUGAACAAUAUCAUCCGACUCUUGAGAUCGUCAAUCGUCAUAAAUGGGCUAAUACUAGCUAUAAGAUUGGAACCGGUAUUAUACUUAAGGCUGACCCGCAAAACAAAGUGCGGACACAAAAGAAACGCCAAAAACAGUUAAGAUUUGUGUUGCAGAAGAUUAAAGGUCUUAUAGUGAAUGACAUCUAUUGCACUAAAAGAGAUCUUUAUUAUCAAAAUGUUAUGUUAUUUGAAAGAAGUCAGAGAGUAGUGGAUGAAAUCAUUGAUGACUUAGCCUGUAGUUUACGUGUGUCACGAACUAAGCUACACAUUGCGUCGUCAACUCGUGGUCUGGUCUUCGGUCACCUCAAGUUUCAAAACACUAACGGUGUAUACACUGAUUGUUUGAGUUCACCGAACGGUAUCGCAAUUCCCAACGAUACCGAAAAACUAUGUCGAAUGCAUACAAAUGCAAGAUUUGUUCUAAUCGUCGAAAAAGAUGCCACUUUUCAACAGCUCAUUGAUCUCCGUAUUCAUGAAAAAUAUCCAUUAAUUAUGGUCACAGGUCACGGUUAUCCUGAUCUCAAUACUCGUGCAUUUGUUCACAUAUUAUGGAAUUCUUUUGAAAUACCAAUCUUUGGUUUAGUUGACGGCGACGCUCACGGACUGGAGAUUCUGUGUACUUUCAGACACGGAUCACUUGCUCUCUCCUAUGAAUCACCAAAUCUGGUCGUACCGGCCAUUAAAUGGCUUGGAAUUCUUCCCAUUGAUAUUCGUGACUAUAAAUUGAGUCCAAAUGUUCAGAUUCCUCUUAAAGACAAUGACAGAAAAAAGAUCGAAGACUUAAAGGCAAGAAAAUAUAUGUUAGAGAACUAUCAGUGGACACAACAGCUAAAUAUUUUGCUUAAAAUCGGCAAAAAAGUUGAAAUCCAGUCAUUAGCCGAACACUCGCCUACUUUCCUAUUAGAUGUAUAUUUGCCGUCAAAAUUAAGAUACGGAAAAUGGAUUUAA